CUUGGCGUAUCAUUUUUCUUGAUGUCUCUCUGUUGUGAAAACAUUGCUGCUCGAGCUGGUGAGCUCGUAAAUCCCAAUGACGUAUUAAUAGUGCACAAUCUCAGUGGAUCACCCACGUUGGCCGCUUUUCUUGCUGCAGCUCGAGCUAUUCGAAAACACCGGGUGAGCUUGAUUGUAGUGCACUCGAGCGAAUUUGAUUCUACGCCUGAGUUUGCAACUCCUAUACAAUUAUACGACGUUGGCAGCAAAAUGUGUGAAGUAACCAAGGUAGUUCUACCUGGCGCUGCUGUAUUCCCAGAUGGGUCAUGCCUUGUUCCUGCCGGUGGUCUAUCAACCUGUCUUUCGGCACAGCGGCAUUCUGUUCCUGUAUAUGUACUUGCUGCUUUCUACAAGAUCACACCAUUCUUUGUUCCCGAUCCGAUGAUGGUAAAUCCAAGCAAGGCACCCGGCGUUUCCUUCAAACAUUCCGCUUCGUUUUGUGGCCUGGUGGAAAUUCCUCGACUAACAUUUGACCAUAUCCCAGCAUCACUUGUCACACUCUAUGUCUCUAAUUCAGCAUGUAUUCUACCGUCCCACGUAUACAGGUUAAUCGGAGACUACUAUCACCCUGAAGACGUGGCUGAGUGCUGA